UAUAAUAUGGUAGAUGAUUGUUAUUGAAUUAAAAUAUUAUAUCAAGUAUACCCUAUACAUACACUAUAUUCAAUAACAAUUAACAUGUAUUAAUUGCAUACAGCAUACAAGUAUAAUAAACAAGUAGACAAGUAUACUAAAAGUAGCCUUAGGAUUAGGAUACCUAAGGUACAAACUACAAAUUAUACAGAAUAAUACAAUAUCAAAUACAGAUUAGAACAUAAGGCAUGUUGUAAAAAUAAUUCAGAAAAAUGUUUGUAUAACUUUUGUAUUACACAUCUAUUAGGAUAAUAAAAUUUCAUAAUGUGGAACGGUAUAACAAUCGGUUAUAGUUCAGCUGACGAGACUAUAAAUUUUGGUACUCGUGCUGUAGCUAUUGGCGACAGCAGAAUAUUUGAAACAACCACUUUGGCCACAAUCAAAAGAACAUGUGAUGUAAAAUGUGUAUCCAAAGAAGACCUAAGAAUCAGUGCUAUGUGUACAACAGAUUUGAUGUACAUUUCAGGAGGCCAAUCUUUUACCUCAUUUAAUACCAGUAUUACAGAAAUCAAUCAGACAUUUGGAUUUCCUAAUCAAAUAGUGGAUGCUAAAAUAUCAGAAGAUGGAUGUUACUUAAUAGUAUUAUUAUAUGAUUGGACUAUAUACUGUUGUUCAUUUACAAACCCAAGGAUUUUAUUUAUCAAGAAAGUAUCAAAAAACCCCCGUUGCUUGCCCUUGGAAAUGGAAUCACUUGUAGGUCUCUUCUUUUCUCAUAAAGAAAACCAUUUCUAUAUUACAGUUACCACGUCAUCUGGAUUUAUCAAUAAAUUUAUUUGUGUCAAUGUCAUGGAAUUAAUAGAAAAAUCUGUUCUUGAUAAUGAUUUUAAAAACAUAGAACAUCUUGUAACUUUGAAUACAUUUGAUAUCCAUGAAAAUGUAAAAACGUUGUGUGGAAUGUAUGAUAAUAUUUUAAUAGCUGGUGAUAGCAUUUGUCUAUAUGAGGGAGAAAACAUGAGGUCUAAGGAAUUUUUAUUCCCAGACAACUGUAAAAUUAAAAAACUCGUUUUCACUCAAGAUAAAAGUUUCAUUAUCUGCCUAACUGAUUCAAAAACUAUGCUAUUGGUAUGUGCAUUUACAUUUUUACCAGUUAAAGAAUGGAAUAAGGUGCCUAUUAGUGAUUUUACUGUGAUGCAAGAAAUGGGUACUACAAGUAUUCUUCUAUUAACUGACGAAAUACAGCCUUCAUUGAUGCUAGUUUCAAUGCCAGGUAAUUUAAUAUUAAUUAAUAAUCAGUGUUUAAGUAUAUUUUAAAUCUUUUUUCUUAAA